AUGUCUGAAUCUGAAAAGCUAGAAGAACGCCUGCGACUGCUGGAAAAUGACCUCAGGCUCCAGAAAUCAAGACUCGUCGAGAAGCUUGCUCGCAAACACGUCCAGAAGGCGCCAAAGACAGCACCAAAAAGAACGGCAAACGCACUCAAACAUGACCCCGAGUUUGCCAUCAAGGUUAGAGCACUCACACAGGCUGCCAAGCUUAAAAAGCGCCUCUACAAACACAUAUACGCUAACCAGGUCAAAUUCCCCUACAAAAACCGCAUCCGCAUCAACAACCUCGAAUUUGUCUCCACAAACAAGGGAGCCACAUUGGCCCUCGUAUCCUCUAAAUUUUUAGACUCAAAUAAACAGCUUACGUCGCUCGAUGAUCUGAAAACAACACUCACGUACAAUGGCCACCGAUAUAUCAAGACGCUGGACGGAGAUUACAUCAUGCAAAAUCCGCAAUACUCCGACGAAAAACAGUUUUGUUUGUACUACACUCGCAGCGGAACAUGCUCUAACAAGAACUGUCCCUUUGUCCACUCGCCUACACACGUUGCAUUGUGUCCAAACGUGAUCCAAAAUAAAGACCGCAUUUGCAAAAAACCUAACUGCCAAUUUUCCCAUACGCCGUCACAGUACAACGCCCCGUCUUGCAAGUUCUUCCAGUCGCGCAAUUGCACCAACGAAAAUUGCGUCUUCUCUCAUAAAUCGGAGAAUAAAGACGCCAGAAUAUGCAGAGAGUUUGCUGUGAACGGCUACUGCGACAAGGGACGAGCCUGUGAGCUGGCACACUACUUUGAAUGCCCAGACCUCCAGGAGCUGGGCUUUUGUCCUCGAGGCAGCUCGUGCAAACUGGCCCACAAAACCAAGGUACAACCAAUGAAUCAUAAAGCCAUUAGAAACAUAGAUAAUGAUAACGUGACACAGAAAGACCAUCCAUUGCUAGCAGCCAUACAGGAGAGCAGCUCCGAAGAGUCGGAUAUCGAACAAACCCAAACGUCAGACCUCGACAUGAAUCACGAUUAUGUACAAAUUGCGUAAUGUCGAACAGUCGAUCUUCAUAGCCAUGUUCUUAGAAAAACGGUGUCAUGGAGCCGGGUGGCUGGCAUUCCAAGGACACGACACCAUGUCAUCAUAGCUGCCAAGCUCUUCGUCCAAAGCAUAGUCGAUAAAACGGUCAUCUGCGCGUUCAUCUCCUCGGACAAUGCACACCUGGGGGUCAAACGAGCCGUCCACGUUUCCAGGCAUUGGUUUUUGCCCAAGGUCUUUAUCGUCAAGCUGGAUAAGCGGGUACGAUUCGCCAAUGUACAAUGGCUCGAUUAAGCCGCUAUCUUCGUCGUCCCCAUAGUCAGAAUCGUCGUCGUUGAGCUCCCAUUCCUGGUCUGCUUUUCCUGGCUCGGUACUUUGAGGUUUGGUUUUCACUGCCAUAUAAGUAUCGCUUCGGUAAGGCUUUGGAUCCAAUUGCUUGUUGUUGCUUUCAUCCUUGAGACUUCCUGCGAACGAAAAGUUUUGUGGGUUUUGCUUUUCAGAUUUGCUAAAUUUGAACAUGUUGAGGUGUGGCACCUUACGCAGGCGAUGUGAGGAGCUCUCGUUGAUAUUUUCGUCGUUAACGACGCUAUGGGUGUUUUUGGAUAGCCAAUUGAGACUUUCUGGGGUGCUUUUGGCCACAGUAUUGUGUGCAGGCGUAGAAACCGAUUCUGACGCGCUCAAGACCGUGUUCUUGAAAUAAUUCAUUUUGCAAAGCUCGUCGACGCCAAUACGAUGAUCCGGGUCCCAGACCAGACAGGCUUUCACGACAUCACAGAGUUCUUUUCUGUCGUUGUCAGGAAGAUCAAAUCUAGGAAUCAGUUCCUCGAUAGAGGCGCCAGGGAGCCUUGGCAAGUGGAAUCCGAGAUUGCUAGACAAUUUUUGAGCAUCGUCCCAAAAUCCGCCAAGAGGUGCUUUCUCGCUCUUUUCAGGGCAUCCGAGGACCUCCAGGACCCUCCAUGUUUGGUCGAGCUCGUUGCUCCCUGGGAAUAACGGGAGAAACGUUGCCGAUUCAACUGCCACACAUCCAAAUGCCCAUAUAUCCACGGGAUAGGAGUAGUGUUUUUGUCUCAGCAAGAUUUCUGGGGACCUAUACCAUCUGGUAGAGACAUAGGCCGUGUAAGGCCUUUUGUUCUCGACCUGUCUUGCGAGUCCAUAGUCUGCCAGCUUGAUCACGUAUGCCUGGUGUCUCUUGUUUUCGGGAAUAUUUUCCUUGGAGCCAUAGAAGUUUGAGGACUGCAUGAUAAGAACAUUUUCCGGCUUGACAUCUCUGUGGUAGUAGCCGUGUUUAUGGAUGUGUCUUAUGCCAGCCAGGAUCUGGGACAAGAUUGAUUUUAAAGUGUAUGGGGAGAACAAGCAAUUUUUCCUGUACUUCAUAAGCUGGUACAAGUUUUGAUCCAUUGAUUCCAUGACUAUAUGGAGCUUGAAUGUCUCCUUGUCAAUGAAAAUGUCAUAGAUCUGGACCAAUGAGGGGUGAGACGACACGGCAAGAAUGAACUUGACUUCCUUCACCUUUGAGUAGUCGUCCAGAUUGGCCAGUCUUCGAGUCAUUGUCUUGAUAGCCACCACAUCAAGCUUCGCACGGUUGACGUUUUUCAGCGGCUCCAGGAGAGUCCCCUGACAAAAUUUCAUCUCGUCAAAGAUGCCUGCGAGCGCGUUGGCGCGGACCUUAGCCAACGUCACGGUUCCAAAACUACCCGAUCCCAGGUUUCCCACGGUUCUGUACCGCUGAACCAGCGACUUGACGGGAAUUGCCGAGCGGUAAAAGGGGGUGGUUUCCUUAGAUUUUGGCACUGGCGGUGCAGACUUGAGGAACUCCUUGAGAGAGAUUGUCGUGUCAACGGCUGGCGCUUGGGCGUUGAGCAUGGAUAAUACUAAAAGUUGGGAAGAAAAAGAUCGAGCGUUUAGGGGGUUGAUAUUUUUUCCCUUUUAUGGGACAAGCGGAGAAAAUACGGCUGGGAAAAGAAUGCCGGGCAGUUCCUGUCAGUUAUUGCAUUAACGGUGCCAGCUAUUUGUCAUUGUGACGAGGCUGCUGGGCACUAUGGAAGCAAGUGGAUCAACUGUGAUAUAACUUUCCAUGGCUGCUGACUGCCUGUCCAAUAUCCAUAACUCGGAUUUGUCACACUGGCUAUUCUGUAUCUACUCCAUUAACUACAAACUGCUAUUGAUCCAAUUGUUCCUAUUGUGUCAGUGGGAGCCGUUUAUGUGGCGGUGUAAAGUUUUCUCUCUUGAGAUAAGAAGAAAUUAAAU